AUGGCGCAUAUUAUAAAAACAUGCCUCGGUUUGGUCAUACCUAUAUUGUUUGCAUGUUCUCUUGUUGUUGCCCGGGAUAUAGCUGACGGCGGUAACGACCAACCUGGUAAAUGUAAUCAAAAACCUGAUCAACCCCAAGAUAAUUCAAAUCCGAUUCAACCAAAUAUAACAAAUUCGGAUCAACCUGAUAAUCCAAAUCCAAACCAACCCCAAGAUAAUCCAAAUGCAAUAAAACCAAGUAUAGCAAAUCUGGAUCAACCUGAUGUUCCACAGGCAGACCAACCCCAUGAUAAUCCAAAUCCGAUUCAACCAAAUAUAACAACUCCGGAUCAACCUGAUAAUCCAAAUCCAGAUCAGCCCCAAGUUAAUCCAAAUAUAACAAUUCCGGAUCAACCUGAUAAUCCAAAUCCGGAUAAACCCCAAGAUAAUCCAAAUCCGAUUCAACCAAAUAUUUCAAAUCCAGAUCAACCUGAUAAUCCAAAUCCGGGUCAACCCCAAGAUAAUCCAAAUCCGGUUCAACCAGAUAUUCCAAAUCCAGAUCAACCCCCCGACAAUCCAAAUCCGGAUCAACCUAAUAAUCCUAAUCCGGAUCAGCCCCAAGACAAUCCAAAUCCGGAUCAGCCAGGAGAUAAUCAAAAGCCAGGAAUCGACCAACCUACGGAUCCAAAUGCGGCCGUGGCUGAUGGUGGGUCUGAUUACACAGCACCGCCGCUUGAAACUGGCUUCUUGGGCGAAUGGGUGAUCGAUAAUCCAAAUGCUGGUGUGGCUGCCAUGCAGCUCCAGUUGAUGCCUAACGAUAAACUUGUCUGGUAUGAUACAACGUCGCUUGGCCCUUCGGGCAUAAAAAUGCAACCCGAGGGAAACUGCCCCAUAAAUCCAGAUGCAAAAAACCAGCCAGAUUGCUAUGCUCAUGCUAUCGCUUAUGACUGGAGGACCUCGGCAGUCAGAACGCUUACGUUACAAGGGGACGCAUGGUGCUCGUCGGGAAACUUAUGGCCAAAUGGAAACCUAGCUGCUACCGGUGGUACCGCCACCGGUGAUAAAGCUAUUCGAAUGAUUCCUAAUAAUGAUGAUCCUAAAGCUGACUUUGAGACCCGACUAAAUGUUCUUGCUGAUGUCAGAUGGUACGCAUCUAAUGUAGUUUUGCCGGACGGGAGCGCCGUCGUGUUGGGAGGCCGGGGUUCUUUCAGCUAUGAAAUCGUACCACCUUCACUUGAUUUCAAACCCCGGAGAUUCGAUAUGCCUUUCCUCAAGGAAACCACGACACCGGAUUUGGGACCAGGAAGACCUGUGGAAAACAACUUGUACCCAUUUCAAUUCCUCCUUCCUGAUGGGAACAUAUUCCUGUAUGCCAACAACAGAGCCAUCUGCUUCGAACCCCAAACAGGGAAUGUUGUUCGUGAGUAUCCUGAGUUAGCAGGCGGGUCUCGCAACUAUCCCCCUUCUGGCCAGUCUGCUCUUCUCCCAUUGAAGCUCACCGCUGAUAACAAAGUCAUCAAUACCGAGGUUGUAAUUUGCGGUGGUAACUCACCGGAUGCGUACAAAGUGGUGGAUGCAAGGCAUGUCACUGAGAAACAGUUCAUGCCUGCACUAAGAGAUUGUCAUAGAAUCCAACCGUUGAAUCAAGAUGCAACAUGGACGGAUGAAGAACAAAUGCCGUCAGGAAGGGUAAUGGGCGACUUACUAGACCUUCCAAACGCCGAUCUUUUGAUGCUUAAUGGUGCCCAAAGUGGUACCUCCGGUUGGGAGGAUGCAACAGACGCUAACUUGACACCUCUCUUAUAUUCGCCAACCAAACCUAUGGGUAAUAGGUUUAAGCCACUGAACCCUACAACCAUUGCGAGGAUGUAUCAUUCUUGUUCAGCGUUGUUGCCGGACACAAGAAUUUUGGUCGCCGGUAGCAACAUGCAUCAGUUCUACACGUUUGAUACGCAGUUUCCAACAGAACUGAGAGUUGAGAAGUUCUCUCCUCCUUACUUGGACCCUGCACUCGACCCAAACAGGCCUAUUAUAGAUGCAAAGGGUAGCGAUUUAGUGUUGCAGUAUGGAAAACCAUUUAAGAUUGCUGCUACACUCCAAUCGAAUGAAACCAUGGUGUUGGGUGAGAUUAUGGUGACCAUGGUGUAUCCACCAUUCACCACACAUGGCUUCUCCCAAAACCAGAGGCUGCUCAUUCCGGCAUUGACAAGCAUUGAGAAUAAUGUGAUCAACGCUGUUGCACCUGGUGGUGGAACUGUUGCUCCUCCCGGUUACUACAUGUUGUUUGUUAAUCGACUGGGUGUGCCCGGGCCUAGUGUUUGGGUCCACAUCGAGUAA